UAGAUGGAAGUUGGAUAGACAAGGGAGGGACCGCAGGGCGACGUGUCCAUUUUUUAAAGGGGUGAACAAAGUGGUUCUAAAAUUUGCUAAAUCUGUCUUUUGUCUUUCAAUUUGGUCUGAAAAGAAAGAAAGUGGCAAAACAAGACUUGUUAAUCAAUUGAAUUCCGCUGCUCUCUCUCUCUCUCUCUCUCACUGUACCGUGGUUAGCAAUGGGGUUAAGAUGCACAUCCAGUGAUGAAUGAAUGAUACGCAACCUUCGCCAUGCAUACCUGCAACCUCUUCACACCUUCUCUCUCUCCAUUUCUGGCUCCUUUCAUUCCUCUCGCUCUCUUUUCACACAUAGCAACCCGUCACCCUCUCUUUCUCUCCUCGCAGACCGAUGCACCUCCAUGAGAACCAUCCUCCAAAUCCACGCCCAAAUGAUCGUCACUGCCCGCAUCCUCGACAAUUAUGCAGCAAGCCGCCUCAUUGCCUUCGCUUCUCUCUCUGAAAAUGGGGACCUCAAAUAUGCAUUCCAGGUCUUUCGAAGCAUAGAGCAACCCAAUCUUUUCAUGUGGAACACUCUCAUUCAAGCCCACGCCCAAGCUCGCGAGCCGUGGCUUGCAAUCAUCCUCUAUAAAACUUUGCGAGCCAGAGCCAUUUCUCCAGGCGAGCACACAUUUCCGUUCCUCUUGAAGGCCUCUGCUCGCAUUAUCUCUUUCUCUACUGCAACCCAACUGCAUGCUCACAUCAUACAUCUCGGAUUUGAGACUGAUGUUUAUGUAUCAAAUGGACUGCUUCAUGUGUAUUGCAGUUGUGGUUUGUUGACGGAUGCACGCAAGGUGUUUGAUGAAAUUCCUCAAAGGAAUGUAAUCAUUUUUACGACCAUGAUUAGUGGUUAUGCUCAGAAUUGCGAGCCCAAGAAGGCCUUGGGAAUCUUUAAUGAUAUGGGUUUUGCUGCCGUCGAGCCAAAUGAGAUCACAUUGUGCUCGGUUCUCUCUGCCUGCUCGAAAUCUGGGGACCUCGAGCUGGGGAGAGAUAUCCAUAACAAUUAUAUCCAAAGAGAGGGAGUGGAAUUAGGCCCGAUUUUGGGUACAGCCCUAGUUGAUAUGUAUGCAAAGAACGGGUGUAUCGAGGCGGCUACAGAGGUGUUUCAUGAGAUGCAUGAGAAAAACACGGCUACAUGGAAUGCUAUGAUAUGUGGGUUGGCCAUGCAUGGCCAUGUGAGUGAUGCUCUAAAGCUUUUCCAUGAGAUGGUGGGUGUUGAAAAGGUGGCCCCAAAUGAUAUAACAUUUGUCGGGGUCUUAUCGGCUUGUUGCCAUGCCGGUUUGGUGGGUGUGGGUAGAGAAAUAUUCGAGUCCAUGAAAAGGGCUUAUGGGGUUGAGCCCAAGAUCGAGCACUAUGGGUGCAUGGUUGACCUACUAGGGCGAGCAGGGCUCGUUGAAGAGGCGGAACGGCUCAUAAAUUCCAUGGCUCCGCCUCUUAGGCCCGAUGUUACAAUAUUAGGAGCGUUGCUGGGGGCUUGUAGGAAGCAUGGGAAGAUUGAUAUAGCUGAGAGAGUGGUUGAACAUGUUCUUAAGAUUGAGCCUGAAAACCAUGGUGUAUAUGUGCUCUUAUCAAACAUGCAUGCAGAGGCUGGAAGGUGGGGAGAGGUGGUGAGGUUGAGGAAGGUCAUGAGAACUCAGGGAUUGAAAAAAGUUCCUGGGUUCAGUUUGGUAGAGGCUAAUAAUUAACAAGGAACAUUUUGCAUAAAGAAAAUGUGAUUUUCAAUUUUGGUAGGGCCAUGGUUGUAGAGCUUGCCAGGAAAUGCAGUUUUGGUCUCAGGACAAUAUAAAAUCCUAUUAUUCC